AUGGCCGAUUCUUGGCUCAUAAUAAUUUCUGCAGGCUAUAAUGGUUUGCUGGUCCCAAGAUUCCUUCUUAACUUCAUCUCUGCUUUAGAAGACGUGAACAAAGCGAUUCGUUGGGUCCUUUCUCGAGUUGGAUUGUUGGAGCCCGAAAGCUCUACGUUGGAAGAACCCUCUGAGAUUUCGGUUGUGUGCGGAGACAUCAUCAGAGAAAGUUUAUCACUGCUGACAUUUGGAGAAUUUGCAGAGAGGUUUAGUGAGAUCGAGGAGGAAGUCGUGUGUGCUAUUUGUUUGAACUCGUUUGAGAAAGAUGAUGAAAUAAGAGAGCUCUGUAAUUGCUGUCAUGUAUUUCAUAGAAAUUGUUUGGACAAAUGGAUUGAUCAGCAUCGAGACACAUGCCCUCUUUGCAGAUGUGCUCUUUUUCCACAAAGGCAAAUGUUAGAUGUACAACCAUGA